UAAUACAUGUACGAACGGUACGAAGAUUCGAUGAUUACGUGACACCGGCACCGGAGCCUCGCCAUAUACCUUACAUGUGUUAUGCAUUCACGUACAUGUACUUGUGUAUGCAAUGUCAAUGAGAAACUCUGGAGAGCUCUAGCUAUGUGAUCAUUGAAAAGCUGAGAAAAAAGGGAUACACAAACAGAAAAAGUGAUUUGACAACUAAUUUGACGCAUUGAAACCGUUGACUGGAUAAUGGCAGACCCUGCCCCUCUAGUAAACGGAGUGGACAACCCCCAUCCCCUACCCAUCAAUGGCGCGGAGGAUGGCGCAGGUAGCAGCGGAGAUGUGACCCCUAACAGCGAGGACAGCGGGGUCGACUGCAUGCAUGUUGAUGCCUUAGAACUCAAGGAGGCAGUUGCCAAUGGCAACGGCAGGAGGGAUGCUGGAGAGGAGGAGGGGAAGGAGGAGGAGGAGGGAUCGGCGGUGGAAGGGGAGGAGGAGAAGAAGAAAGAUGCUAAUGUGGAAGAUGUGAUUGUGAUCCAGGAUGCCGCUUUCAUGGUGAAGAUUGUACCUCCGGCAUGUGAAGCCUUUGAUCUACAGGUGAGUCCUCAGGAGAUGGUGCAGGAGAUCCACCAGGUCCUAAUGGACAGAGAGGACACCUGCCAUCGGACGUGCUUCUCCCUUCAACUCGAUGGCAACGUCCUAGACAACUUUGCAGAACUAAAGAACAUCGAGGGCCUCAAAGAUAACUCUGUUAUCAAAGUCGUUGAAGAGCCAUACACAGUACGUGAAGCCAGGAUACACGUUCGCCAUGUACGAGACCUGCUCAAAUCUCUGGAUCCAUCGGAUGCGUACAAUGGAGUGGACUGCCAGUCUCUCUCAUUCCUAUCCACAGUCCUCAGUGAAGUCGACCGGAAGCGCAGCAAAUCCUCAGCGGCAUCGGACGUGGUGGACUGCACACCUCCGGAGUUCAUCAUGCCAGCGUCUAAAGAGCGCCCUCUGUUGCCGAUGCAGCCAGCCUUUAAGGAGAACAACCGAUCGUUGAGCUGUCUGAAGGUGCUGACUCUGUCAGGAUGGAACCCACCCCCUGGCACAAGAAGGAUGCAUGGUGACCUGAUGUACCUGUACGUUGUGUGCUCUGAAGGAACAUCCUACCAUCUUACAGCAUCGACACGAGGCUUCUAUAUCAACCAAUCGACCCAGGAAGUGUUCAACCCUAAACCAGCCGACCAGAAGCACCUGUCCCACUCCCUCAUCGAGAUACUCAACAAAGUCAGCCCAAGCUUCAAGAAAAACUUUGCUCAGCUGCUCAAGAAAAGAUCUCAACGACACCCGUUUGAGAGAGUACCCACCCCGUUCCAGGUCUACUCCUGGUUAGCCCCUCAGAUGGAACACACAGUCGACUCCAUAAGAGCAGAGGAUGCUUACACAUCAAGACUGGGCUAUGAGGAACACAUCCCAGGCCAGACCAGGGACUGGAACGAGGAGAUCCAGACCACCAGGGAACUAGCCCGUAAGAACCUUCCAGAGAGGCUUCUGAGGGAGAGGGCGAUCUUCAAGGUGCAUAGCGACUUUGUAGCGGCCGCAACGAGAGGAGCCAUGGCUGUCGUCGAUGGCAACGUAAUGGCCAUCAACCCUGGUGAAGAUUCAAAAAUGCAGAUGUUCAUCUGGAACAAUAUCUUCUUCAGUCUUGGUUUUGACGUCAGAGAUCAUUACAAAGAUUUCGGAGGGGACCAUGCAGCCUAUGUAGCUCCUGGCAAUGAUCUGAAAGGAGUGAAGGCCUACAACACAUUUGACCUGGAUGGUCUGUACGAACUAGGCACCGUGGUGGUUGAUUACCGUGGUUACCGCAUCACUGCUCAGUCCAUCAUCCCUGGUAUCUUAGAGAGAGAGCAGGAGGAGUCCGUCAUCUACGGGUCCAUCGACUUCGGAAAGACCGUGGUCACAAGCGACAAAUACAAGGAGCUUUUGACUAAGACAUCCCAGCACCUCAAGAUCCUGCCUCACAGUGUGAUGAACCAUAAAGACGAAGAGAUUGAGAUCUACUCAUCAAUAGAAUGCAAGGGGAUCAAGGGAAACGAUGGUCGUCACUACGUCCUAGAUCUUCUCAGAACUUUCCCUCCUGAUGUCAACUUCCUGCAGAUGGAGGAAGAUGAAUUUGCAGAAGACAUGAAGAAACUAGGCUUUCCCAGGCAACACAGACACAAGCUGGCCUGUCUCAGACAAGAAGUAGUGGAUGCAUUUGUAGAUCACAGAUACAUGGUUUUCAUCAGACACGCAGCACUCAUGCUCAUGCACAACCAGCAACCGGCAGAGGGCGCCAAAGUCACUGAAAAUGGACAAUCUCAAGAAGGAGAGAAUGUGAAACCGAUCGAAGAGAAGGAAACAGAUACAGAGGUCAAAGAGAACGGUGAAUCAAAGGACAAAGUGGUCAACGGAGAUCAUGAUAGCAAGAAGAAUGAAGAGGAGAAUAAGGUGGAAGAUGGAAAGAAGGAGAAAGCUAUUAAGGAAGCAAUAGUGGAUGAAAUGAAGACCAAAGGAAUCGCAGGAGCUGAUAUGUGCCCUGCGCUUAAGAGAUUGGAUUCCACAGAUGGCACCGAUCUGCCGAAGGAACUGGACAGUGCCACAGAGGAAGCGGCCAAGGCUCUAGCCACGUCGCCCAAGAAAGAUGGAUUUGAUCCCAGUCAUAAGGAGGUGAUAGCUCUAGCUGCCCAGGCUGCUGGUUCGUUGAGCAGUGCUGAGUUUGAUGUACGAUUCAACCCUGAUGUCUACGCAGAAGGUGUCAUCCAUGCACCAUCAGAGGCGGAGACAUUAGUGAAGCAGAAGAAGCUACUCAAAGAUGCAGCGCGCUUCAUUGUUGCUGUCCAGAUCCCAACAUUUGUCCAAGAGUGUAAAGAGCACAGCAUAGCACCCCUUGAUGGGUACACACUGGUAGAGAUGCUACAUCAAAGAGGCAUCAAUAUCCGUUAUAUGGGUGUGUUGGCUGAGAAGAUAGUCACUUGUGAAAAUCUAUCCUACCUCUAUCGUAUUGUGAUCACUGAGUUGAUAUGUCGGUCGGUGAAGCAUGUCUUCAAGGCUUACAUGCAAGGCAUCCCUAUGACCAAUCUAUCUGCUGCCAUCAGUCAUUUCCUCAACUGUUUCCUCUCCUCCUUACCAAACCCUCUACCACCGAAGGGAGAUGAUGAGUUGAGUAAUGGUCAUCACAAGAAGAAGAAGAAUAAGAAGAGGAUACGAACCGUUCUCUCUCUCGGACAAGAGAAUACAUCAUGGAGCAGUCUCACUCCCUCUGACCUCUGGACCAGUAUCAAGGUCGAAUGCAAGGAAUACUUCCAUUACAAGGUCAAAUGUGAGAGCAUAGACUCCGUCCUGGAGCGUUACAACCUCCAGAAGAUGACGCUACUCCGAGAGUUCUGCUCCAAGCUCGGCGUCCAGCUUCUCCUGAGAGACUACGACCUGGACUCCAAGAACAAGCCACCCUUCAACGAGAACGACAUCCUCAACAUGUUCCCUCGGGUCAAGCACAUCAACCCCACCGCAUCGGAUGCUUAUCACUUCUUUCAGAGCGGGCAGACCAAGAUACAGCAAGGUGGCUUCCGAGAAGGCUUUGAGCUUAUCAGCGAAGCUCUGAACCUCUUCAACAACGUGUACGGCCCGAUGCACCCUGAGAUCGCUGCCUGCAUGCGCACCCUGGCUAGGCUUCACUACUUGAUGGGUGAACAGAGCGAGGCCAUCGAGAUGCAGCACAAGGCUGUCAUGAUGAGUGAGAGGUGCAAUGGUCUGGACCAUCCCAACACUGUCACAGAAUAUAUGCACCUGGCCCUUUACAGGUUUGCAGCAGGCCAGGCAGUUAGCGCACUCAAGCUCAUGUACAGAGCUCGUUAUCUAACACUUCUCAUCCACGGAGAGGAUCAUCCAGAGAUGGCGCUCUUUGAUAGUAAUAUUGGACUGGUGCUUCAUGGUGUUAAUCAGUUUGAGCUGGCUCUCAAGUUUCUGGAGAAGGCUUUGGAAGUAAACAUCAAGUACUUUGGAGUUAAGAGUCUCAAGGCAGCACACACAUACCAUCUUGUCGCCAGAACUCACUCCUGCUGUGGUGACUUCCGUUCAGCAUUACGUAAUGAGAAGGAUGCAUACACUAUCUAUCGCGAACAGUUUGGUGAUAACCAUGAGAAGACGAAGGAGAGUUCAGAAUGCCUGAGUUACCUCACACAGCAAGCUGUCACUCUUCAAAAGACGAUGAAUGAGAUCAAGCGAGGAGGUCCCAAAGCAGCGUUACGUCCCAUCCCAAUCAGCCAUCCCUCCAUGAGUAGCGUGCUAGAAACACUCAACAUGAUCAAUGGAAUAUUCCUCAUCCCAGUCAGCAUCAGAGGCAUUCAAAAAGGGAACAUCACUGAAGUACAGCCCGAGAACAAAGAAGAGGCCGCCAUAGAGACCAACCCCUCUGAGAGUAAAGAAGAAGAGGCCACUGAGACCAACCCCCCUGAGAAAGUGGAAGAACCCGCCAGCCCACCCUCUGAACCACAGCCAGCGGACGCAACCACUGCUCCACAGGAGGUUGAGGUGGCAAGAUAACAAUACGAGGGACCCCAUAGCCUAUGAUAUAUCUAGAUAGUCAUAGUUUAUAUUGGAAUAUACAGGUAGCCGAAGUUGGAUUUUACAGAGACAUUGCAUUUAUGAUGAGUUUUGUGACAUUGAGAUUCCUCGUAGAGUUUUGAUAUAAGAAAUAUAUGCACGUGUAAGAUUUUAUUUUGUGCCUAAGUAGGCCUGCCGCCCAAGCAUUUUGCUUAAUGAAUGAGAAAACCGUUGUAAAUUUUUGUUUGACACCUGAAAACCCUGAAUGCACCACAAAAUAUCAGUUUUAAUGUCAUGUAAUAGGUCUUAAUCAUUAAUCAUUAGGUUCAAAGGCAUGCACGAAACUUGGAACAUGAUACAAUUAUCGUGGAAGCAUUGAUCUUAUUUUUGAUGAUGUAAGUUUAUACAUCUAUAUUUUGCUCUAUAUUUUGGUCAAUUUGCAAUGAAUCCAUGAUCAGGGUUUAUUUUCUGAACAGAGUGUAAUCCUAGUAUUUACCUGAUUUAAUUCAUCAUUGACCAUAUGAUUUUUGAACAAAUAGAUGAAAUUCUUGAUGAAUUCUCAUAGUGCUCACUCUUUAUUUGUAAUCAGCUGUUUGAGUUUUGAUCAGUGGGUGUUGUUUUUCAUCGAUUUAGAUAACGAUUUCUUAUCUAUUUAGAUAUUUUUUGUUAUUGGUUUCUGUUUUUAUUACAGUGUAUUGAAAGCUGUUGCAUAUUAAAUGAUUUUAUUGUAGCAGUUAAAACAUUUACUCAAAAAGUGAAAUUAAGUUUGUUAUAAUUGGUUUAGUACAUACAGCUUUGAUCAAGGCAGUAUAUGAAUAUAUAUCAUGGUGCUGAUAUGUUUUGAAAUUGAUUCUACAUUUAAUGUUUGAUCAAUUAAUAAACCUUGUUAAUUGUUUUGUAAGAAAAAGUCAUUCAGGAUGGCCAGAUUGGAAGUCUUUAGCUCAGUCGUGCAUUUUUGUUCUUUAUACCCGCUCACUAGUAUUAAUCACGUCCGUCUUUGAUGAUAGAUUAUAAAAACCAUGGCAAGUAUUCACCACCCCAAGUCUUUUCUAAACCGUUGAUGAUGAAGGAGUGAAGUAGGAUUGUCAGUGCUUGUGUCACAUUAAAUUUGGAUGGAAAGUGGUGGAUAGUCGCGCUGAAUUUCAAGUGCAGUCAGGAUUGAAAUGUAAUACAGUCAAACCUGCUUUAGUGACCACCUGUCUGACCACACUGUCAACAUUUACUUACGGAUCCUGCACAUAAAGACCUGUCUGUAAAGACCACUUUUCUUGUCUCCUAGUGUGGUCUUUAUAGACAGGUUUCACUGUAGCUUCAUUACCAUAAGCAUUGGUAAAUCUCCAGUCAGAGCCCUCAACAAAGUCAAUGUUAGGUAAUAGGUAUUAAACUGAAUUUGUUAUUUGUCUCGUUGUUAUCCUCUUAUUUGGAGGAAUCGAUAAGCUUGAUUGAUACAGGGGAAAUAUAUAAUGUGCUACUUGUCUUUGCCAGAGCAAUAAUGUUGUGUGAGUAAACCCAAGUCUUCCGCAUUUAACCAAAUCCCCAUAGUCGCGUGUAUGAAAUACAUAUAUAGAUUUAUAUGUGUAUAGUGUAAGACUCUAGUCUUACACCAGGUAUGGCCAUUUGAAUGUGAGUGUGUAUGUAAGAGUGUAUAUUUUGUAAUAAUGGCAUUAUUGAAACUUGAAAGUGAUUAGUGAAAUCUAUAUUAAUGAGUAUCUUUGAUUGGUUCUUUGUUUUGACGGUAACCGUUUGAUGAGUGAUGUGUGUAAGGGUUUUACCAACAUGGUAGGGAAUUAUACUGAUUAGAUUAUACAUGUGUUAAUGAUGUAUUUGCCAUUUAAUUCAAUGUUUUGUAUUCUUUUAUGUUUUUGUAAGGUUUAAAAUGAGUAAGGUUUUACUUACAAUGUUUAUUUGAAUUUUUAUUUUGAAAGUUUAUUUGAUGUCGAGGCACUACAUUAAAGAUUCAUGAAAGUAGUUGGAUUUGAUUCUCGGUUUAUUAACAUUUUUUCACCAUAUUGCAUGGGCUGUAACCCCCCUC